AUUCGCUGACGUACUAUUUUACUGACUAACCAACCGAGAGAGAAGACAUUAUGAAAAUAUGAAUCAGUGGUUUAAAUGCGUCAAACUAGUCGUACUUCCGUAUUUCAUCAUAGGUAGCAUAUUUAAAUGGUUAUGCGUUACUUUAAGCAAGCUAGAUGGAUAUACCUAUGAAAAUAUAGACUAUAUUGUAGGUGCUUAUAAAUCGUCAAAACGACAUGGCCAUGACUCACUGCCGCUGGUUCCGUAUGUUUUAUACGAAGUGCAACGCAAUCCAACGUCAUUGACUAGUAGCAUCGCAUCAUUAGUAGGAUAAGCAUUGACUUGGUUUUACAGAACGAAGGAUCUUAUUUAUUAUAUCAUACGCUAUCGAUUCUGUCACAGUCGUACAUGUUAAUGCAUGACCAAUGAUGAACAAUCAAUCGGCGGCAAUGAAACCACUUCAUAAGGACGAACGUGAUCCCGUGUUUCAUCUACACAAUGUCGACGUGUGGCCUAUAAGCGAGCUGCUGCUGAAGGCAAACGACAGAUCGAAGCCUAACAUGGAUGUGAGAAAGCCAAUAUUUGCACGACUUGACGACAGGGGUCAACUGACUGGAAGAGAGAAAUUGGGUAUUUCUGCGGCUCCCGGUACAGGAAAGAUGGACUUCAAUAUCGGGCAUUAUUACUCUCGAUGUGCAUCGCUGCAUGUUCAGGUGAAGGAUCCUCAUGGUACACAGGGUUUUUGCAACAUGAAACUCGUUGGCGGAAAUGCUACUCCAACGCAAGGGCACGUAGAUUGGAAAAGGCCCAUGGAAUACCAUAAUAUUGUGCCGAGCAUAUCAUUUGCAUCAAUUCUAAAGAAACCCCCGUAUGUAGACCGUUUUGUAGCGCAGGGCUAUUCGGGCAGUAUGCAGCCGUCGCAUUAUAAUGAUAUCGUCAGAAAUGCAAAGCCACACAGUGGUCAAGCCGAAACUGCACAUGACAGAACACAAAGUUGUGUGGAUGGCAAGCAUACCAAACGUGGGUCGUCAAGGUUUGGUGAUAAUAACGGCAGAAAUAUGAACACUGUGAUAGGAAAUGGAGCCAAGUCUUCGAUAGAUGUCCCAGGAGCUGAAAGUAGUGUCUCAUCCAAAAGACGCCAGCUUCAUAGACACUCGAAGUUCGCAAAUGGGAAACCACCUCACGAGAGGGGGAAAGGUUCUCCGAGUUCAUGUACAGAUAAGAAGUCCGAAAUUAGUAACAAUGCAACACGCUCACAUACAUCAGGCAGUGCAAGUAACCAGCGCAAACGUGUGGGUGGUGAUGUGGUUAACACAGGUAAUCGUGGUGCAGCUUCUGAACGGAAAAGUGCUCCGAAUUCGUGUACAGAUAAGCGGUCCGAAAUUAGUAACAAUGCAACAUGCUCACAGACUUCAGGCAGUGCAAGUAACCAGCGCAAACUUGUAGAUGGUGAUGUGGUUAACACAGGUGGUUGUGGUGCAGCCAUUGAAUCGAAAAGUGCUUCUGGUCGUAAGCGAAGGCGUAGGAAGAGGAGAGGCACUCCUAAUGUUAACUGGAAUAGAAGAAACGAGAAAACACCUUUGGCAGAGCUGCAAAAACCAGAAGGCACGCUGGAAAAAUAUGACUGUUUUGAUGGAAAGAGCAUCGCUGAGAAUCGGACAUCCGAAAAUGAACCGACUGCAGAGCCGAUCCCCACGACACAGCGAAGUUACGCUAACGUCGUGACGUGUGCUCGGACCGCGUCGCCGCCACAUGCAAUUAUGAAGACGCUACAGUCUGACAGCAAGUUUGACAUUGACAAGCUGGACGGGCUCAGUCGAAACAUGAAAAAGUACGAUCGCGAAAAUUUGGUGCGACGGGACGAGAAAUUGUCGGCAAGCCCUACGACGAGGUUGCAGGUCAGAACUAACGUGAGCAGUGCCCUCUACUGUUCACAAACGAGGAAUGAUAGUGUACCCACGAUACGAGGAAACCACGUUGUCAUGUUGCAAAGGCCUCCGACGCCUGAAUUCCCCACAGUGAGGAGUGCGCACGCUCUCGUACCGCCCGCAAUGAAGAGGUCAACGCCUACCAACAGAUUGCCGUCGAAAGACGUGCCGUCAAACACGCCGUCCGUUCUACCGAUCGUAAACAGUGAAGCGGAGAGACCGGUUGCUGCUGCGCUGAAGGAUCAACUCAUAACGAAGCCGAGCAGCGUGUCGGUCGUCUGUGUCGUUGCAUCCGUUCCUGCUCAGAGCCUACGUCGGCCCGUGACAGGACGAGCAAAGGCCUCGUUGACCACGCGAGGAACGCAGACGAACAUCAGUCAGGUCGCGAACGCGCCGCUGUUCGUUCACGUCGCGUGUCGACCCGCGAAGCAGAAAAAGCCGUCGGCGAAGAAGCUCUGGCAGGGGGAGCUACGCGAGCUGGUGGCAGGGGGCGCCACGUCGGUGGCUGCACCGCCGCCGCAGCAGCAGCAUGAUCUGUGCGAGGCUGCGGUGCAGUGCGACAUAACGCACGGCGAGGCGUCGCACGUCAGUUAUGUGCAGCACUUCCCCGCGGCGACGGCGGCGCCGAAAGACGCGGCAUCUCCGCGGUUCGUGGCGCAGUCGGGGCCAAGCGAGAGCCGACGCGGGCCGUCGAGCCUCGAAGCCCGCGCGCUAACUGACGACGACGACGACGAUGACUACGUGAUCGCCGACGGUGCGGGUCGGCGCGCGGCGAGCGAAGGCGACCUCGCGCGUGCCGCGUCGCCGCCGCCGGCCGCGAGAAAGACGUACACGAACACGGCUCUCAGCUUCAUACUCGGCGCGUGCAGCGAUGACAGCGACUUCAACGACGACUGGUCGUCGGAAGCGGAGUCCGAGGCGGCGGCGGCAGCAGGGGGGGACGACACGGAGUGGCGGUGCAUGUUCGAGCAGCAUCCUCUGCUCGGCGGACUGAUGCUGAGGUCGAGCCGCGGCCUCGAAACCUCGGCUAGCAUGCCCUCGCUGCAUGUGGCGAGCGACUCCUCUAGUCCACCCCCUAGCAAGCCGACUGAACGAGGGCUCGGCGAAUCGGCCGGGACGGCGGAAGAGUCUAAUUCGAAGAAACAGGUGAAAUUUGCCAAAAAUCUUGUGAAGAUACAUCCAAUCAUCUGUUGGGCGCAUGCAUACAGAGCAGCAAGGAAAGGACCGUGGGAGGAAUAUGCUCGUGACCGAUCUCGAUUCCAGCGCCGAAUUUGUACAUUGGAACCGACUCUCGCGAAACAUGUUAAUCUUCAACACCGGGAUGCGGUCUACAAGAGAAUGCAAGAGUGUGAGCAGGAGCGUGAUUAAUGUUACUGUCUGAACAGUGAACUUUCGUAAACUUUUUUUAGUUGGCAUAAUUUUUGAGUAAGGGGGUAGAUAAUGGCAAAAUAAGAAAUCAUUUAAGGAUGGCCCAACUGACUGGAAAAAUAUUAGUUGGUCUGCAUUGCUUAUAAUGACAUUGCAUGUCAAGUCGAAGAAUUUUGGUAGCGAUGCUACAGAUUCACUAUCCAUGAGUAUUUGGGUAAAAGCAUAAAGUCAGUAGGUAAUCGUUAUGAUAAACAGUCUAUAUAUUUCCAACAAACACGGGUGUGAAAUUUGAGCAAAGUUCUAAAGCAGUGUUCCCCUUUCUUGAGUGUUUACUACAAUGCUUUGUAAGUUGUAUAUAAAUGCUGGUUCAUGGACACAAUUGCAAUUUAUUCGAAUUUGGGAUUAGACCCGAGUAAGCCAGUUCGCUCUUAACCAUUGAGCUAUGUCUAAUAUAGCCCAUAGUGGAACAACGAUCGUUUACAUUACCCCACAAACUACCAGCCCUUUCCCCUGAACACUGGGUUGUGAUAAAGACAGUAGAAUUCAUGGUGAAACACCCAUCCUAAUCAUCUCGACUUGCCACUUGUUACAUGUUUAUUUAAAAAUGUAUUCUUUCGGAAAUGUAAAGUUUGUCAGAAACCAUAUAAACAAAUUUUUAUAGUUUUUCAAAAGAUUUAUACUGGUGAUGCGUGUGCGUUGUUAUAAUUUGUUAUUUGUAUUAAAAUAGUAUACACAUGAUAUGUGAUGGUUUUGUACGAUGCUGUUGACUAAAUCAGGAUGUCAGAAUGUGCGUUCUCUUACUGACAGUGUGAUAAUUUCAGAUGGACAUCUGCAAUAUGUAAAAUUACAGGUGUUUUAACCAGGGUACCCAUUUCUAUUAUUAACUAUGUGUAUGUAGAAUAAACAGCAAUAGAGUUGAGCAUACUAGAGACUAGUACAAUCUGAAUGAUAUUUAAUAUAUGGAUAUAUAAAAGAAAUCAUUUGACAAAUAAAAAUAUACUGUCAUUUA